AUGGACCAGGACAACCACCUAGCCCAGGACGAAGACAGCCACAUGGCUCACAACCACGCAUCUUUCGGCAACGAGGGCUGGGGCGACAUGAGUCCUUAUGGCCAUCAUAAUGGACUUUCUGAUUAUGGAGGUUUCGCUUUUAUGCCGACAGUCACUCAUGGCUUGCCGUCCGAAUCAAUCGGCAGAAUGCCCCCUCCGCCAGCUCCUGUCCAGCCGAUGCAGUCACACCAACAACAAUCUCAUGCGCAACUUCCGAUGCUCAUGAUACCCUCUCAGCCAACAUGGCCCAGUAUGUUGACGAAUCCCAACAGCUAUUCAGCACCGCCCUUGGGGAUGGCGCCUGUAGUUGCUCCGGCGCCCUCCAGAUCGACACGAAUGUCCAACGGUUCGCAACCUCAGCAACGUAGGGUUCUGACCGAUGACGACCGGAAGAAGAUGUGCCAGUAUGCCGCUGAGCACCCCAACGUAAAGCAGACGGAUAUCGGUGCCAUGUUCGGUGUUGAAAGAAGCACGGUCUCCAAAGUUCUACGGAAUAAAGAAAAGUAUCUUAACCCGGAGGCAGACAGGAGCCAGUCUCCCGCUGGUAGGCGGCACAACAAGGGCAAGUUUCCGGAUAUCGACCGAGCUGUUGCCGCAUGGGUCAGGAGACAGCAGCAAGUCGGAUUGACUCCGAGCGACGACGAGAUCCUUGAUCAAGCAAAGCACUUUUCCCGGACUACCAACGGUGCUGAAGCCAGCCAGAUAAAGUCCAUCAACACCACAUGGCUCGAAAGGUUCAAGCAGAGAAACAUUUUGGUUUCAGGGAAGCUCUUACGCCGAGCUUCGGAGACGAACAUCACCGACCAUGCGAAGCUCUCUGGCUCUCCAUCUCUUGGGGCAUCUGCAAUUUCACCGGCAUCCCCAAUAGGGCAUCCAUCUCCGCUGUCGGCCGACAGAAGCGAUGAGGAUGCCGUCCAUGGCCUUGGUUUCAUCGGUUUCGGGGAAGGCGGCGCGUACAAACACACCAAUUCGCAAAGCACUACAUCUAUCAACAGUGCCUUGACAGACGCAGGUAACUCAUCGUUCUCCGGAAGCGCCCUAAGCCCGACGGCAACUUUCACGUUCUCCCCUGACCCCAACAAUGGGCAAUUCCUCUCAAACGACGCAUCCCGUCAACUACAUGGGGGAGCUGCUUCGAACUUCCAGAGACCGAGAAGCCAGACAUUUCCGACUCUUGACAUUGAGUACAUGAACCAAGUCGGGGCAACAGAACCUAUGACUCCGAAGUACCAUCCUGCUUCCACGGCACCCUCGUCCGCAUUGGAAUCUCCUGUUCAUGAAAUGACAGCCCCGCAUUUUGGUCUGGACACUGCUAUUACCUCUUCGCCACAUUUGCAUCAUAGUAGUAGUAACGGCAGUAUGGCUGGGCGAUCUGCUACAACCCCCGCGGGUUCUUCUCCGACGUCGCCUACUCAGGAGGAUGCUCGAAAGGCCGCAGACACUCUACUGAGCUACAUUCAAAGCAGUGGUGGAGGAGCAUUGCUGGAUCAGACAGAGUACAUGAUGAUGAUAAGGCUUACGGAAAAGCUACGACUACAGCAGCAUCAGCUUGCCAAGGCUGGAGCGCCUCAGUCAUUAGGUACUCUGGAUCGAAUCCCCGAGGGAGAUGCCGAGAUGUCGCCGCAGCACCCUCCCCCAAUGUCCCUAGAGAUCAAGUCCGAGCCGGUCGUGACUCGGUGA